UUUUUUUUUAUUUUAUGUAUUUCAAGAUAAUAUUGAUUCAGAAGAAAUUAUCACCUUUGACCACCAUAUUACUCCAACCUUGAAUGACACUUCAUUAUGCUCAGAAGAUAAAACAUUAACUUCUUCUUCAGUAGCCCGUCCACCUAAAUCACCUUUACGACAACGCAGCCAUGAGUCAUUACCUUCAAACGAUGAUCCUCGCGCACGACGACCUUCUGCACCCAACUUUUCUACAUCAACUCAACAAGACGAUUGGACAGCAAGUGAAUUUAGUAGUGUUGCAUUAUCCCGUUGUUCCUCUAGUCAUUCCACUUGCUCCUCUUUAUCUUCUGUUUCUUCAGUAGCUUCUAGUGUCCCAAAAACUCCCAACACGCCUAUUCCUUCGACAGAAAAUGAUGAUAUGGUAUCAAAAGAGAUGGAAAAACAGCCAUUGGAUGAUCUUUCCUCUUCACAACAACGCUCGCGACGAAAAUCAUCUCCUCAAAGUACUACUCUCCCUCGUCGCCAUGCUCGUGAUUCCACUUCUCAUCGUCAUCAACAUCAAAUCAUAAAGCCUGGAAGUCUUGGACAUAGCUCUGGAAAUCGAGCUGCUGCCAAUGGUCGUAUGCAUGAAAAAUUAUUACUGAAAACACGAGAUGGAUCAUCAAGUACCCAAUACCAACUGGGAAACUGUAUAGGGAAAGGACAAUUUGGAUCUGUAUUCAGAGCUUUGGAUCUUGGAACUGGUGAAAUUGUAGCCGUCAAGCGAAUCAAAUUUGAAGAUGGAGAAUUGGACAAAGAAAUUACGAAAGAGGUGUCCCUAUUGAAAACUUUAUCUCAUAUGAAUGUCAUUUGUUAUUUGGGAUUUAUUCGUAGCAAACAUCAUAUCAAUAUCAUCCUUGAAUAUGCUGAAAAUGGUUCACUCAUGUCAACAUUGAAAUCCUUUGGUGCCUUUCCUGAAAAACUUGUCUGCUCAUUCUGUAUUAAAAUUCUCAAUGGACUGGAAUAUCUUCAUAGCAACGACGUUGUCCAUUGUGAUCUCAAAGCCGCGAACAUCUUGACGACGAAAACUGGUGAUGUUAAACUCACUGACUUUGGUGUCUCCUUGAAUUUGAAAAUCAAACCUGCUGACGCUGAAUCUGUUUCUGGAACACCUAACUGGAUGGCCCCUGAAGUAAUCGAAUUGAAAGGUGCUUCUACCAAAUCGGAUAUAUGGUCACUUGGAUGUACAUUGAUCGAACUUGUUACUGGAAAACCGCCUUACGCCAAUAUAGUACCAAUGUCUGCUAUGUUUCACAUUGUUGAAGAUGAUUAUCCACCAUUACCCAAAAACAUAUCGGAGGAAAUGAGAAGUUUUUUGGUAUGCUGCUUCCAGAAAAAUCCAAACGAUCGUCCAACCGCAACCCAACUGAAAAAUCAUCUUUGGCUACGAAAGAACCGUAAACAAUUGAAAAGGAACAAGACUUACUCUCAAAAUCUCUCUGCCAAUGCACAAAAUCAUCAUGACAAACGAAGUAGUACCGGUAGCAGUAUCAACGGACAACAACAAUCUCACAGGCACCAUUAUUCAAGAAGACAAUCAUUUCAAUCAUCAAGACCAUCUUCAUUCUCUGGUCAAUCCUCUACUGAUCGAACUUCCAUAAGACAAAGUAUGGAUAGCGCAAUUGAUGACAUACCAUCUCGUCGGUCUUCUCGCGCUCUUUCCCUCCGCAAAGAACAGCCAUCACUAUCUCCUUUGUUUCCUAUGUUUGAUCAACCUGGAGACUAUAUUACUCACCGUUUCAUUGAUACCUCAUUUGGAAGACUCAUCGAAUGCAAAGUCUGUGGUGACAAUAUUACGGCCCAUGCGACGUUUUGUCAAGUAUGUGGUCUCACAUGUCAUGAUCAAUGCAAGAAAUUAGCCUUUUCUUGUCCACCAAAGGUCAAGAAUCAACAACCAUCAUACGACUGGGUGUUUUCUGCCAAAAUCUACAACCAUCAAAAUCAAUCAAAUCACACUUCUGACUCAUCUUUGCUCGAUCAGCAACAUCCAUUAUCUCUGUCUAAACGCUCUGGAAGCAACUCAUUAUCAGAUCAUCCUCACGCCGACAGUAUUCGACGUUAUUCUGAAGCUCUUGGAUUAACUGCUCAAGAACAGCAAGCUUUAUGUGAUAACCCUGCUCUGUUAUCGCAUACUUUGGCCUUGGAAAAGAUGGACAGUGCUACCGUGGAACGACUACGAAAGGAACAUCGCCGUCAAUUAUCUUCCAACGGCAAUAGCAACAACAAGGAUUGUAUCAUCAGCUGAUGGCUACAUUUAUUUGGUUGAUUUGAUUCGUUUUAUUUUAUCAGUAUAGUCUUUCCUAUUUACUUUUUUUCUUUCUAUUAUUUACCUUCUAUCUUUGAUUUUUUCCCCUUAUCUCCAUCUAUAUCUAUUUACUUUAUCUUUCUACUGAUUUCCCUAUUGAUCCUCUGUAUAUUUUUAUAUUUUAUCCAACCUUAAAACCAAUAAAGAGCUUCUUUCGGUUUUGUUUAACCAUACCAAU